CGAGAAUUGAAAGUAGGUCAAAUUAGGUGUGCUAUUUCUCUCAUGUUUUCGAAUGGAAAUCAGGUAUCUACGAAUCCUAUUGGGAUAUAUAUCCAAUCUUGAAUAUGCAGAGAAUAUAGGAGAGAAAUUAUUUGGACAUAUGUGUGCGUAAUUUCAUCUAUAUUUGGUAAAUCAUAAAUUAGCUAGUCAUGUGAUUGCCAUUGGCCAAUCAAAAUGGAGAUGAAAUGACUCGACGUUGGUCGAUUGGGUGGAAUUUAUUUGCCCAAAAUUCAACACGUUCGUAGGGAGUCAAAAUGAACACACAUACUACAGAAACUUAUAGGAUUAAAAUGAGAAAUGUAUGGAGAAUAAGACAGUAACUUGUUUAGAGACAAAGAGUGGCUAGAUUUUGUGAUAUUUAAGGUUAAAUAUAUUUGAAAUAGUCAUGUGAUCAAAAUUGACCAAUGAAAGCGCCGGACUAUACCCGGACACUAUAAAUACAAAGUUGUUGCACAGUGAGAAGCCAUUGCCGUUGACGGAGGCCUCAAGUGUUCAGGAGAAUCCAGCCAGAAAAUGGACACGGCGAGCCAUCCACUCCCGCAAGGCUAUCCACAGAAUGCAAACAACACUAAUACAGGAUUGCCUACAGUAAAGUCGCCGAUGCCCCAGAAAACUGAAACUCCAGUCGCAAAUACAAAAAUCAUAGAAAAUAACACAGAUGCAUCACAGCCAAAUGGGGAGACAAAACCAAUGACGAAUAACUUAUCAUCCGAACACAAUGCAGAAGAAAAGAAAGAAGGGUCGAAUGAAACUAACCAGAAUAGCACAGCAGGGACUGCUGUUAAGAAGAAGGGGCGAAUGACAAAUCAACUGUCCUACUUACUAAAAACUGUGAUGAAGUUUGUGUGGAAACACCAGUUUGCCUGGCCCUUUCAUGUCCCUGUAGACCCAGAGAAACUAAACUUACCAGACUACCACAAAAUAAUCAAACAUCCUAUGGAUUUAGGAACUAUAAAGAAAAAACUAGAACAGAAUGCCUACUUUAGUGCAAAGGAAUGUAUCGCUGACUUUAAUACAAUGUUUACGAACUGUUAUGUAUACAACAAACCAGGAGAGGAUAUAGUAUUAAUGGCUCAAGCAUUAGAAAAAUUAUUUUUAUCAAAAGUAUCUGGUAUGCCCAGUGAGGAAUUAGAGACAACUGCACCUGUUAAAAAAGGUCCUGGAAGGAGAGGUGGUGUUCCUGUACCAAGACCAGGGACCUCUAGGGUGGCUGCCACACAUGCUGCUGCCCUAGUAGCUGCUCAAGCCCAACAGGAGUUGGCCCCUAUAGCUACUACAGAUGCAACAGCAACCACAGAUUUAACUGCCAUGUCUAUAGUCAAGGACAGUUCUGCUGCCGUAACAUCUACGACAGCAGCCACUACUGUAGUGGCCCCCUCUGCUGGUGGAGAUUCCAAUGUACCACCUCCUGCAGCAGUGGUAACGGCCCCACCUGUAGCAGCCCCGCCCACAGCCCCACCCGCAGCAGCUCCUCCAAUCAUAGCCUCACCUCCUGUUGGACUUCCCCCUAUAACCCCCAUCACAAAAGCUAAAAAAGGUGUAAAACGGAAAGCAGAUACAACAACCCACACAUUACUUCCUACUAGUCCGUUUGACCCCCUGUUUGAACCAAGUGGUACCCCUAAAGUUGCAGCAAAAAUAACCCCAAUGCGUCGAGAAAGUAACCGACAGAUAAAAAAGCCUAAAAAGGACCUUGUAGACGAACAGGCCCAGCAUAGUACCAAAAACAAGAAAGGCCGACUUAGUGAACAACUCAAGUAUUGUAGCAAUCUUACCAAGGAAAUGUUCGCCAAGAAGCAUGCAACAUAUGCUUGGCCAUUCUACAAGCCCGUGGAUGCUGAGGCUAUGAACCUGCAUGAUUACUAUGAUAUAAUAAAAAAGCCCAUGGACCUAAACUCUGUCAAAAGCAAAAUGGAGAAUCGGCAAUAUGCCAAUGCUGCCCAGUUUGCAGAAGAUGUGCGGUUAAUAUUCUCAAAUUGCUACAGAUACAAUCCUGCUGGCAGUGAUGUAGUCAACAUGGCAAAAAAAUUACAGGAUGUAUUUGAAAUGAAAUACGCUAAACUUCCUGAUGAGCCCCUGGAACCUUUAGAACUUGGUGACGAGUCAAGUUCUGAGAGCAGUAGCUCUGAAGAAGAGGAAGACAGUGAGGCAGAGAGGGAAGAGAAACUGUCUGAGCUACAAAAACAACUAAAAGAAGUGCAAGAUCAGCUAGGAAAACUUACCCAAGAACAUUUACAAAAAGUGAAAGAAAAGAGUGAACGAGCAAAAAUAAAAAAGAAAAAAAAGAAAGAGAAAAAGGAGAAAAAAUUAGAAAUGGCUGGGACUCCGCUUAAUACACCUAUGCCACUUUCAACCCCUAUAGCAGAAGUGAAACCAACCAAAUCUUCCAGUGUUAAAAAACAAGGAAAGACUCCUAAAACCCCAUCGACGGGUGCUAAAAAGCCACGUGUGAACUCUAAUAAAUCUCUCAAAAAGAGCAAAGCCGGGGCAUUAGUGCCAACAUUUGACAGUGAUGAUGAGGAUAGUGCAAAGCCUAUGACAUAUGAUGAGAAACGUCAACUUAGCCUUGAUAUUAAUAAAUUACCAGGUGACAAACUUGGCCGUGUUGUCCACAUAAUCCAGUCCCGGGAGCCUAGUCUACGGGACUCUAACCCAGAUGAGAUUGAAAUAGACUUUGAGACGCUCAAACCUUCCACCCUGAGAGAACUUGAGUCUUAUGUAAUGCAGUGUUUAAAGAAAAAGCCUAGAAAACCUUAUACUAAAAAAGCUGGCAAAUCACGGGAAGAGGCAAAUAAAGAGAAAAAGCAGGAGUUGGAACGUAGGUUACAAGAUGUGCAGGGUCAACUUGGCAAUACACCAGCUCCUACCAGUAAUAAAAAAUCUAAAAAGGGAGAGAGUUCACAUGUAGAUGUGGUAGGUGGACCUAGUAGGUUAAGUGAAAGUAGCAGUAGUUCAUCAGACAGUGACACCAGUAGCGACAGUGACUCAUCAAGUUCAUCCGACACAAGCGACUCAGAAGCAGACUCCCCCAAGAAGAAACUCAGGAAAUCAGCAGAAAAUAAAAGUCCAACACGGUCGCCACGUAAAAGUCCCGCCACAUCGAGACAAUCAGAUCUGACAGUGUCAUCACCUGAAGGAACAAAUAAACUCUCACUCAAAAUUACUCCAAAAAAGCAACAUGCUGAAGAUCCAGCUCCUGGCAAAGCCAACAACCAAGCACAACCCCCACAGGCUUCUCGUCCUACAAGUCAUGCUGCUAAAGUCUCUCAUGCAGGUCACACCCUACCCCAGCAGCCCAGUCGGCCCACAAACACCGCCAUUGCAAAACCACCUCCAUCCAGAAAUACAAUCACACCUCAAGUUUCUCAACAGAAUACAGCUCUCGGGUCCCUCCUGACAAAACCCAUCAGUGUGUCUCCACCAGCCCCACCCACACAACCAAUACAUGUAGAUGUAAAACCCCCAGAUGUCCACACCAAUAACAUUAUGCCUUCUUCAUCACCGGAUCUUAAUACACCACCUAUUGACAGGAAAGAUGCGGUGAAGUUUAUCCUGGGUGGAGAUGACUCUAACAGUCCUAAACCUAGCCCCAAGCCAGCUCCCCCUGGGGCCACUGUCUCAUCAAGUGGUGUUGGUUUAUCAUUUGGCCACAGUAAUACAGCCCCCUCUAACUCAGGAAGUAAAGAUAAAGAGAAGAUAUCAGAAAAACAACCAUCUAGUCAGGCAUUGGACCAAGCCAAGAAGGCUGAUGUAAAGUUGAAGAAUGUCCAGUCGUGGUCCAGUCUGGCUAACCUUAGUGCCAGUCAGGGUAACGCCUCUAUGAAACGUGGAGUCACCAACAGCUUUGAGGCAUUCAAGAAACAGAAGAAAGAAAAGGAAGAGAGGGAGCGUGCCCAAGCAGAGUUGGCUGAUCGUUUGCGUAUACAGCGUGAAGCAGAAGAACGCAUGCGACAACGUAAGGAGCAAGACAGGCAACGAGAGCGUGAUGAGCAAGAGGCUCUAGAAAGAGCUAGGAAGGCACACCAACAGAGAGAGGAGGAGUCUAAGCAGAAGCUGGCACAACAGAAGAUCCAACAAGAGAGAGAGGCUGAAAGGGAGAGGAUGCAAAGAGAAAGGAUGAAGGAGCAGGCAAAGAGGAAACGAAUGCAGAUGGCGAGCAAUACAAUAGACAUGAAUGAACAAAGUGAACUGAUGGCAUCGUUUGAAGAAAACUUCUAACACAUGACAUUCUAGGAAAUAAUGUACUCUAUAUUUAAUCUAUAACAAACACUUAAAUGUGAAUCCAACUAAACUGAAGUGAUUUGAGAUGAAGCAAAUGUUUUCCAAUACUGGCACAACAUGGACGAGUUUUACCUUCGCAACAGACUGUGUUGAAUGGAAUUCUAUGGGACUUACUGGGUUACAUAACUGUAGCAUUAAUGGGGUGAAGAAUAUUUAGAUAAUAAUUUGUAGUCACAUUUAACUGCAAUAAUAGUUAGACUGUUCAGCAUACUUUCUAAAAAACGUAGUCUUAACGAAGCAUUAGUUUAUAAAAAAUAUGAGAAUUAAUUCAUCAUUAUGGUGCAUUGUUGAACAUUUUCUUGCCAGAUUUCAGGCAUGCAUGCCUUUUCCUCUUUCUGAUGUGUAACAUUGAAUUGAAUAUGUGUAUGAUGUACAAUACUUAUACAUAGUCAUGGAAACAAAAUUCAAGCAUACCACAACAUUGAAAAGCAAACGAAAAACUUCAAAAUAUUCUGCUAUAUAUUUGUAUAGCAUUAAAAGCCAAAGAAAAAUGCAGGUCAUUUAUUGGAUAUGGUCUUUGAUUUGUAUAAAUCUAUAUUAUUUGAUUAUUGUAUCGGUUAAAAUGAAUGUUUGUUACUGCUCGUGAGUUGUAUCUACAAACAUCAAAAAUGACAAAAAUGAAAUGUUCAAUAAAAAUGUGUGUCUUGUAUAUGUGUCUUUUGCCCAUUGUAAAAUAUUGCAUCUCUUUAUAUUAAUUCUCAUUUUUUGUCACAUGGCAUAUUAUGUAAUGUAUAUAUACUGUUUAUGUAAAUGAAUGUUAUAUGCACCAUCGGCCAUUGGUACAUUAAACUUGUAAAUGUUCUCGAUACACGGAUAGUCAAAGCUUAGCUUUUACUUUGUAUUUUAAUUCUUGGAGUAGCUUAGUUAAUUGAGAUGUUGCAAUACACAGAUAGAAUUUUGGUUAGUCAAGAAAAGUAUCAAACCAAAAUAAGCAGUCUACUAUGUAAUAUUGUAUAUAUUCCAUGUAGGUGUGAGUUGGUGUUAAGUUCAUUGCUAGUUGUUUUGUUUUGUUACUAAAGUUGUUUUGUACAAAUGAUAAUAGUUUAUCCAUUUUAGUAGUCUCCAUGUAAAACAUGUUCUAUAUUUGUGAUAUAAAUAAAAAUAAUUGUCAUAUAUUGUGAACUGAAGCCACAAUAACAAACUUUUGUUUUCAAUUUACCUGUAAUAAUAUUACAUUACCUGAUCAUAUGGUGGCAACUAUAUUGCCUUAUAUGGUUUUGUAAUGGAUAUGAGUUCAUUGAAAUACAGUGUAGAGUUUGUUAUUCACUCUUCAGUGAUGUAAUAUGUAGGUAGAUGUAGUCUUAACUAGUUAGGAAAAUAACUAACAAUACAACAAAUAUACAAUGUAUGAAUUGUAUGAGCAGAUAUACCUCUUAAACACAUUGGCUUUCUAGAUUCAAGACAAAUUGAUUUGUUCUUGUAUCAUCAUGCUUAACUUGUGAUGCAAUAACUCCUUGAGUUCGUCUUAAUCAUCCUAACUUUGAAAAAAGGUUAAAAAUCCAUGCACUGCUUUCAAAAUACCAAAAUAUAUCAUAUAUUAUUAUAGCAUAGUGCACAUAGAAGAUAUGACUUGGUGUGUAAGAUAUAUGUGGUGUAUUAUUGUACACUAAACCUUGUAUAUAAUUUAAUUAGUCAUAUUAUUGUAUUUAUAUGUAGGAAACAUCCCAGGUAUCUUGCACACCUCAGCGUAUAUAUUAUCUCGUUUCCAGCAUAGUUUCUUCUCUGUUCAAAGAGUGUUAAUUUGAUCUCAUGUUUGGUUAGUAUUAAAGUAAAGCAAUACAUUUCAUUGAAGUUAGCUAAAUGUAUUUCCUUAACUUUGAAUUUUACAGCUAUUUGGAAUGAUUUAAUGCAAUGUAUGUAUCACUUGCUUGUAAUGUUCAUUUCCACUCUAUGUUAAGUUGUAGUUUUUCUGAAUUCACUAAAUAUGUUAAGUCCAAAUCAUUGGUGUAUAUUUCAUAGUUAAACUGUAGCAUGUAGAUAUAGAUGAGAUAUAUCGGUAGAGGCCUCUUUAUUUAAAUUGAGGAAAUGGAAGUUUAAAAGGGGAAUCUACCAGUAUACUAUGUUAUUCAGUUAACAUGCAAGGGCAGAUGAUAUUAGCUUGAUCCAUACUUUUCCUGCAAACCCAAAAAUAUUUAUGGGAAAUGGGUAUUGACACUGCAUUGCACUUAACAGAUAUUUAUGGAGAAUGGG